AUGUGGCACGAAGACGAAGCAGAAAAACAGGAGGCCGACAAAAUGGUUUGUGAAAACAAUUCAAGACGAACAAUUCGAAAGAGCUGGAAUUGGGUGGUAACCUUAUCCAUAAUCGUAACCUGCCUCUUCGUGCCAUACGAGGCCGCGUUCUGCAACGAGGGUGGCAACGCCAUAAACCAAGUGCAACUGGCGGUGAUUUACAUCUGCGAUAUAAUUUUUGUAGCAGACAUUAUUCUUCACUUUCACGCCGCCUUCGUAGCCAACGGAGCUGCUCUAUACAAGAAAGGGAGGAGGAAAACAUUCAUUGUAGCGAUUGUUCUUGACCUGAUGUCAGCAUUUCCCACAGAUCUUUUUGUUUUCAUCAUCCACUCCUCUACACCGGGAUGGCAUUUGGUGGGACAGUUAAGAAUGAAUCGACUGCUAAGAUUUUACAAAAUACCUUUGUUUUUUGACCGAAGAGAGUCGGACUUGAGCAGCAAUGCCACAGCUACCCGCCUUAUGAAGUAUACAGCGAUAUGUGUUGUGGUGACACAUGUGGUAAGCUGCGGCUGGUAUGCCCUUAGCUGUGACUGCAGGCAGCUGCUCCCACACUGCCAGCCUGGGAGCUGGACUUCACAAACUGACUUCAACAUCACAACCAUGGGGCCAUUAGGAGCUUAUGUCAUAUCCCUGUACUGGGGAACAGCAACUGUCACAUCCACCGGAUACGGUGAUGUGAAAAGCGCCACUGUUUUGGAGAAAUGGUACUCCAUUGCUGCCAUGUUGGUAGGUAUUGGAGUUUUCUUCGGCAUGUUGCUGGAAGGAAUGACAUCUCUGAUAACAAUAUCUGAUGCCAGAAGAGCACGAUAUCUACACAAGCUAGCAGUGAUCAGAAGUCACAUGGAUGAGAUGUCUAUAUCCGAGUCACUGAAGUCUUUGGUUUCAGCCUAUUACAGCCACGCCUGGGAAAGACAAGGCCGACCCGGCAAACACCUCUGCCUGUUCUCAGAUCUACCGUCCACAUUUCAAGCUGAGGUUGCCUACAUAAUUAAUAAAGACAUCAUUAGUAAGGCGCCUAUUUUCCAAGCCAUGUCUCCUAGUUUCCUGCGGAAGAUUUCCCUGCACAUUGAGCCAGAGUUUUAUCUUCCUGGACAGACUAUAGUGAGUUUUGGGGAAGUGGGUCACUCCAUGUACUUCAUUCUAAGAGGAGAAGUAGAGGUGGUAGGGUCAGAUGGAGAUGUGAUGGGAACACUCAACCAGGGAGCAGUGUUUGGAGAGGUUUACUUGGUCUUUAGUGUCGUCAGAACUCACACAAUACGAGCUAAAAGUCACUGUGAAAUAGCAGUCCUGAAGAAGAAGAAGCUGCUUGAAGUUUUGAGUUUAUUUCCUUCAGCUGGACCUGCAUUGUAUGAGCUGGCUGAGCAACGGUUCAGAAAAGCUGAGAAGAAUUUUAGAAGACAAACUAUGACAAUGGCUACAUCUUGUAUGAAUAUAAAACAGAGACUGGCACCAAACAGAAGAUCAUCCAUUCACAUACCAGCAAAGCUGAGGAGUUUCUCUGUUGUAGAGAUGCCCAAAGUGAAUCUAAGUGCUGUGUCUUUAGAAAAAGAAGAAUCAAAUAUGUCUGUCAGUAGUAAGAGAGGGGACAUAUGGCAUGUUUUACAUGGAUGUUACAUCAACCCUAAUUGCCGUUUCUCUAAGGUUUGGAAGUCUGUGGUUGUCAUAGUUACCAUCAUCAUCAGUUUUCUCUAUCCUUCUCUGGCUAUAUUCACUACAAACGAUUGGCAUACAGAAGACAUCAUUAUUGAGUUGGUCUUAACUUACCUUCUGGACAUGGUGCUGAUAGUUGAUAUUGUGAUCAUGUUUAAGACUGCAGUUCACACCCCUCAUGGGCUACUGCUUUCAUUGAAAGCUGUGCAGAAAGUUUAUAUUGAAAAUGGAGCCUUUUUCCUUGAUCUCCUGGCUGUUUUACCAGUAGAAGUGUUCUGUGUGUUAGGAUGGCAGCAAAACCACUGGCUCAUUUUUAGAAUUUUACGGUUAAAUAGGCUUAUCAAGUUUUGGAAGGUUCCUCAUUAUUUCCACACAAUGGAGAAAGGGUUGGAGUGGUCCCUCUCCACCCUGAGGACAUUGAAGCUGAGCCUGUACAUCUGUCUGCUCACUCACUGGUGUGCCUGUCUCUGGUACCUGGGAGCUUGCAGUGUUGGCAAUGGUUGUAGUGAAGGUUCAUGGAUAACUACCAACCAGAGCUGGUCAGACCUGCCUCUCCCCCUCCAUUACCUGCUCUCCCUGUACUGGGCAGCAGUGACCAUGACUAGUACUGGGUAUGGAGAUAUCACAGCUCAGAACGCCACAGAAUGCCUGCUGUCUGUAGUUGUCAUGUUGGUAGGACUGCUACUGUAUGGCUACUGUGUAGCUAUUAUUGCUGCAUUACUGGCCAAUGCUGAUGUUGCCAGGGUUGUGUUUCAAGAGAAGCUGUUUGCUAUCAAACAAUUUAUGUCAGAGAACACGCAGACACCUGUUCUACAGGAAAGGGUGAUCAACUACAUGAGCAUUCUCUGGGGAAAAUAUAGGGGCAGCUGGAUCCCCAGCUUUAAGCCACUGAUUCAUGACUUACCUGCUGUGCUGCAAGAAGACAUAGGAAUGGAAGAAGUUGGGAACAUUCUGAAAGAGGCUCCACUGUUCAGAUACCUGGACCUGACCUUCCUGAAGAUGGUGGCAUCCAGAGUGGUUCCGUACCACUACAGUCCUGGGGAAGUGGUCAUUUACUGUGGAGAUGUGGGCAAUGAGAUGUACUUUGUCAGGAGAGGGCACUGUGAGGUAUUAUCCCAAGACCUCAGUCAGGUUCUGGCCACAGUGUAUCCAGGUGAUAGUUUUGGUGAAAUGGGAAUGCUGUUCAAAGAGAAGCGUACUGCCACAGUGCGUGCUGUAACUCAUUGUGAGCUGUUGAUGUUGACCAAACCAGAGUUAGAUCAUGUACUGCAUCAUUUUCCAACACUUCUUAGGCAGUUUCAAGAUAUUCUCAACAAUGAAACAUUGUUAAAGGAACUGAGGCAGAAAGCACAUAUGCAUGAAGAAGAACAGAAGCCCACUAGAUGCCCUGAGCAGCAAGUAACAGCAGAAAACAGUAAUUCAGUGAAAGUGUUAAAGAAAGUGAUGGAUGAUGGCACACCCAAUGUUGAGUACCUGCAUUCCUUCCAGAUGGCAACCCUACUGACUAGGAUAGCUGGUUGUCUGCUGAUGAAUCGGACAUUUUUACCAAGUGGCCAGUUACUGAAAGUCUGGGAAUGCCUCCAUGUUCUUGUGUCUGUUGCCACAGCAAUAGUGCUGCCUAUACAGGGGGCUUUCUUCUAUAAGUCUAUCCUGGGCUGGGUGAUUACAUACACACUUGAUGUACUCAGUUGGAUUGCCAUGUAUAUAGGCCUCCAUACUGCUUACUACAACAAGAAAGGCUGCCUAGUCAGUCAUCCUUUAGCUACAGCCAAACACUACUUCACUACUAACUUCCUGCUGGACUUAAGUGCUGUUUUACCUUUAGAAGCCAUUCCAUUUUGCCUGGGAUACCAAGAUCUGAACUAUCUAGUUUUCCUCCGUCUGAACCGUAUGAUCAAUAUUUACCACCUCUCCUUGGCAUUCUCACAUCUGGAACAGGAUAUCAGAAGAGAAGUGGGCAUUAUCAGGACCAUGAAGUUCAUCUUAUACAUCAUUAUCUUCAUGAACUGGCUGACCUGUGGUUUAUUUAUGAUCUCAUGUCCCCCUGAGAUUCUAGGGAUAGCCACCAAGGACACACUGACCACUGGUCAUCACUGUAUUGAGGGGUCCUGGGUGCUCAGGACACUCACAGCAAAUGAGAGCAGCAUAUGGACCCUGUACCUGACCAGUUUAUACUGGGCCACAGCUACCUCAGUAUCAGUGGGGUACGGGGACAUAGCUGCUGAGACUGACCUGGAGGUUGCAGCUGCUGUGGUCAUUUCAAUUGUGGGAGUGGUGUUCUUUGGCUAUGUGAUAGCCAGUGUGUUUGCUGGCCUGGUCAAUGCUGAUGCCCAGAGAGCAAGAUUUCAGGAGAAACUUUGUGCAGUCCAGACCUUUAUGAAAGAUCAGGAAGUCAGUGCUGGUCUUCAGAGAAGGAUUAUCAACCAUUAUGAGUAUGUGUGGACCAGAUCUCGUGGAGUGGACCCCAGAUCUCUGUUUGAUGGUCUCCCACUGUCACUGUGGGGGGAUGUCACAUACAGUCUGUACAAGGAUAUGAUUGUUAAGGUGGCCCUGUUUGAGAAUGCGGAUGUGGGUUUUGUGAAGAUGCUGUCACGCUGUAUAAAGCCAGUGUUAUUUCUUAAAGGAGAAUAUGUUGUGAGGAAACAUGACAUAGGAAGUGAGAUGUUCUUUAUUCAUCAUGGGGCAGUGGAUGUGGUAUCAGAGGAUGGUGACACAGUGUUUGACACUAUGAAUGCAGGAAGAUUCUUUGGAGAAAUUGCUCUUUUAUUCAGUUGUCCAAGAACUGCAUCAAUAAGGGCCCAUACCAACUGCCAUUUGUUUGUGUUGAGCAAGGCAGAUUUAGAUGAAGUGCUGAUCUACUACCCAGACAUAAAUCAACAAGUAAUGAUAACAGCAGAGAAGCGAAGAAUCAAAGCCAAGCAACGCAGUGCUCUUCAACUUAGAACAGAACAUGUUCAAGAAAGCAUUACUAGUGCUGGCAUAUCUGGGGUUUGUGAUAAUCAAGAGGGGAAAAGUACUGCUUUUGGACCACACAGUGAUUUUGCAGAGAUUGAAUUCAAAGCCACUAAAACCCAGAAAGUGACAGUAGGAAAAGUGACAUACUGCAGGAAAACCAGUGGUCAGGGUUCACCUCCAAGGAGAGAAGCACCACAUCCAGAGAACACAGCUUUGCACACAAACACAGAUAGUGAAUCUAAGCAAGAAGCUUCGCAUCCAGAGAACACAGCUUUGCAUGAAAACACAGACAGUGAUUCCAGUCAAGAAGCUCUUGCUGGUACAAGUCAAGCAACAGUUGAUGUUGACUCCAUUGAGAUAGUGUACAAUAGUGAACCUGACCACAGGGAAAAUGUGUCAAGUAACCAUGUCACAACUCCAGAGAGGAAUGCCUCCGGAUGUGCUUGGUGUUGGACCAGCUGGAAUGACUUCACCAUCAAUCCACAUGGACAUUUUAGCACAGUUUUCAGCUGGUUGACACUGUUCUGCACUGUCCUGUCUUGGUGGACUAUUCUCUUUGAGGCUUGUUAUCAGGACCAUGAACUGGCACUGUUUGCAGUGAACAUCCUCAUAGAUGCAUUUUUCUGGUUGGAGAUUUACAUAAAAUCUCAUUUAAGUUUCCAUGACGAGACUGGUCACCUAAUAGAUGCAGCUGUCACAGUGAGGCAGUUCUAUGUUAGGAGACCCAGUGGCUUGCUGUUGGAUGCUAUAGCAGCUUGUCCCAUUGAAGUGGUGGUGCUGGCACUGCCCAGAGAGCAGUGGGUCAGUAUGUGGUCAUAUCUCAGACUGCUCCACCUGCUGAGACUGGUCAAGGUACACCAGUUCUUUGCUGCCUGGGAGAAAGAGCUGAAUGUCAGCAUGCUGACUGUCCGCCUCUGGAAGUCUAUGAUAGUGUUGUUUGUAACCCUGCACAUCUGCUCCUGUCUGUGGUAUGUAGUGGCUUGUCCUGGAGGGGUCUGUGGACCAAAUACUUGGGCACAUCUGGCUGGGUUCCAGGAUCACACAGUAAGCAGCAUGGAGAGAUACUGUAACUGUGUCUAUUGGUGUGUGGCAACUGUCACCUCUACUGGAUAUGGAGACAUCAGUGCACAUACCAAUGUAGAAAUGGUUGUCUCCAUUGUUGUUAUGCUGAUAGGGAAGAUAUUGUUUGGUUAUAUUCUGGGUACCAUAGCCUCUUCCCAGGCCAAUGCAGCACGCACCAUGGUGGCUUACAGGGAGAAAGUGGCAGUGAUCAAGGAUGAACUCAAUGAUCUGAAUGUGCCUCCACACCUUAAAGAUCAAGUGGUAAACUACUACCAUUACCAGUGGCAACGUAAGAAAGGUGUUGACCUGAGGUCGCUGAUGGUGGACUGUCCCUACACCCUGCAGACGGAACUAGCUCUUCAAAUAUGCCAGCCAAUGUUUACUGGAGAAAAACAGUUGUCUCUGUUUAAGGACAUCCCUGACGCACUGAAGCGUGAACUUGCUCUGAAGGUCCAGCUAAAGUUCUUUGUCCCUGAUGUACAGGUGGUGCAGAAAGGAGAUGUUAACAGCAGCGCUUUCUACAUUUUGAAAGGAGAGAUAGCUCUGGAAGGAGAAGAUCAGUUGGACAGCCUGGGCAGUGGCAGUGUGAUAGGAGAGGUCAACCUCAUCCUAGAUGACCCCAAGCCUGCAGUGGUCACUUAUGUGGCCAAAUCCCAUGUAGAUAUCCUGGUGCUGGCCAAAAGUGACUUGGACACCGUCCUGGGCCACUUCCCGGCAGUCAGGAAUACAAUGGAGCACAUUGCCGAACAGAAGUUUCGCUUACCAAGAAACUCUGACCACCGUCGCCCAUCAUCAGCAGUGUUUUUGAAAGUACCUAGUAAGACUUGGGAAAUGCUUUUGUAA